AUGGGUUAUCUUACCAUCAUACCCGAUAUCACGACAUACCCAUCAGGUGGCGUUGAAGAGAUGGUGACAGAUGUUCGACAUGUUUUCUCAUGGGUUGAGAGCAAAAUCCACUUAUAUGGCGGAUCACCCUCCUCGAUCUACCUGAUGGGUCAUGGUCUAGGCGGACACUUGGGAUUCUUCACCCUGUGCCAGGAAGGCAUCAUCCGUUCACGCGAUGCAAGACAUGGAUACCUGGAACCUCUAAAAGGUCAGCAAGUCACGCUGGAUCUUAACGAUAUAAGUACGUGGCGGGGUCUGUACGAUGAAAUUGAAGAUGAGUUACCCAAUGGACUGAGAAAGCUGAAAAUAUAUGGGGAAGAAAUAAAGAUACCCAGGAUAAAAGGGACCAUUUUACUGUCACCCGUGUCCGAUGUCAUUCGACAAAUACGAUACGAGUCGUCCAUCCACCUCGAACAUAUCUCACCACUCAGACGCAGUCACGGUCCUAGCCAGACUGCUUGUAUGCGGCAUUCUUUAGGUCACUUGUUAUUUGCCAGUAAAAGGAUUUUGGAGGUGGAUAGAUUGCCUGAGAAAUUGUUGAUCAUUCACGGAGCUCAAGAUCAUUUGGUCCCUCUGAGCUCGUCACACUGGUUAUCCGAGCUACUAUACGGUCUGGGUGUACCCACUGCCUUCAGGCCAUACAAGGAUGUGGGUCAUUUCGAUCUGAUCACGCAUCUAAUGAAAGGGUUAGAGGAUGCUGAAGGCGAGCAGAAUGGAAAGAAGAAUCACAGAAAAUGGCUAGAAAGUGAUUUGAAACGAUUCAUCGAAGAGACUUGA